ACAUAAUUUUACUCUAACUUUGAACAGAAUCUCAUCUAGUUGACGAUGAAGUUGGUUGUCUUGAAUUAGUGGGUAGGAAGUUGGAUAUUAAGAUUAAAAUAAAAUAAGAAAAAGCCAAAAAUUAAUCUAAAUAGUUUGAACCUUUGCCACCAUUUUUAUUGUCACACUUUAUUCUUCUCCUUCUCUAUUCUAUGUUUUCACGGAAAAGGACGAUGUUCUUUCCACUCAUAUCAUAGAAUGGCCACUCAUAUUAACAUGUAUUCAUUGUUGCAGAAAUGCAACGCUCUCAUUCACAUGAAGCAGCUUCAAGCCUAUCUCAUAACCACCGGCAAAUUCCAAUUCCACCCUUCCCGCACCAAGCUCAUUGAGCUCUUCGCCAUCUCUCCUGCCGGCAGCCUCUCUUACGCCGCUACAAUUUUCCGGCAAAUCCAAAACCCCUCCACAAACGACUACAACGCCAUUCUUCGAGGCCUCGCUCAAAGCUCCGAGCCAACUCAGUCCAUUUCAUGGUAUCGCAACAUGUUACGCUGCCUUCAAAAGAUCGAUGCUUUGACAUGUUCCUUCGCUCUCAAGGGAUGCGCGCGUGCUUUAGCUUUCUCUGAAGCAACCCAGUUGCAUUCUCAGCUUCUGCGUUUUGGGUUUGAUGCUGAUGUAUUAUUACUCACUACUUUGUUAGAUGUGUAUGCGAAAACUGGUUUUCUUGAUGCUGCACAGAAGGUGUUUGAUGGAAUGCUGAAACGAGAUAUUGCUUCUUGGAAUGCAAUGAUUUCUGGGUUGGCUCAAGGGAGUCGACCCAAUGAAGCUAUAGCCUUGUUUAACAGGAUGAAGGAGGAGGGGUGGAAGCCUAAUGAUGUGACUGUUCUCGGUGCACUCUCGGCUUGUUCUCAGUUGGGUGCUUUGAAACAGGGGGAGAUUGUUCAUGGGUAUGUUGUGGAUGAGAAGCUAGACAAUAAUGUGAUUGUUUGUAAUGCUGUUAUUGAUAUGUAUGCUAAAUGUGGGUUUGUUGAUAAAGCUUUUUUGGUCUUCAAUAGUAUGAGUUGUAGGAAAAGUCUUAUCACUUGGAAUACAAUGAUCAUGGCUUUUGCAAUGAAUGGAGAUGGAUACAAGGCACUUGAUCUUUUGGAUCGAAUGACUUCAGAUGGAACAUGUCCGGAUGCAGUCUCGUAUCUUGCUGCAUUGUGUGCAUGCAACCAUGCCGGAUUGGUGGAUGAAGGGGUUAGACUGUUUGAUUUGAUGAAGGUGUCUGGGGUGAAACUUAAUGUUAAGCAUUAUGGGAGCGUGGUUGAUUUGUUGGGUCGAGCGGGAAGGCUCAAAGAAGCAUAUGAUAUUAUAAAUUCCAUGCCUGUGUUGCCUGAUGUGGUUCUUUGGCAGAGUUUGCUUGGGGCUAGCAAGACUUACGGGAAUGUGGAAAUGGCAGAGAUGGCAUCUAAGAAGCUGGUGGAGAUGGGAUCUAACAGUUGUGGAGAUUUUGUCUUGCUGUCGAAUAUUUAUGCAGCACAACAUAGGUGGAAGGAUGUAGGGAGGGUAAGGGAGGCUAUGAUAAGUAAUGACGUUAGGAAGGUACCGGGAUUUAGUUACACAGAAAUAGAUGGUAGGAUACACAAGUUUAUAAAUUGUGAUCAGAGUCACCCGAGUUCCAAAGAGAUAUAUGCAAAGCUGGAUGAGAUCAAGUUUAGGAUCAAAGGCUAUGGAUAUAUAGCUGAAACUAACCUUGUGUUGCAUGAUAUAGGCGACGAGGACAAGGAGAAUGCAUUAAAUUAUCAUAGUGAAAAGUUGGCUGUUGCUUAUGGUUUAAUUAGUACAGUUGAUGGAACACCAGUUCAGGUUAUAAAGAACCUUAGAAUAUGUGUGGAUUGUCAUGCUUUCAUAAAAAUUAUAUCAAAUAUUUUUAAUAGGGAGAUUAUUGUAAGGGAUCGAGCACGAUUUCACAGAUUUAAAGAUGGUGUAUGCUCUUGUAAAGAUUAUUGGUAAAAUUAAAAGUAGAUGCAUAUUGUAUAUAUUUUUAUUUUCUUAAAGAAGCUUGAAUAAUAAAUUUUUCACAGGGUGGGACCACAA